CUGACAUCACUUUGCUGUAGAGUGUGACUGCCAGUAGUUAAAUUUUGCCUGACAGAGGAAGCUGCUUCUUGGAUUAUAAAGACGAGUUUCAAUAGACAGACAUCCACAUGCUGUUUUGUAAGGAUACAUAUAAUCCCUGGAUAUAACCAUGUUUUUGUGGCUAGAACUCUUGGUGUUUGGCUUGGCUCUUGUGGACAUGGAUGUUUUCAUAAAUGGCCAAUCAACACCACCAGGAACGUCUAUUAAAGCAGGCACAAAUGGAAAAACAACUCCUGACUUUUCCUUGACACCUUCACGCACCACUCUAUUCUCACCCUCAAGCACCUUUGAAGCAAAGUCUGGUUCUCCAACCAAGGAAACAGUACCUCCUCCUGUUUCUCAGGCUGUUAAUUUUACUGAAACCUCUCUUAGCAAAAAGAGUGUGGCUUUCAUUGCUACUUCUGCUUCCCUCACUAUCUCAGAUAAUGGGAGCACUUUCUUUACACCAACCACUGGCACCACAACAAGCAUCUCUUCAGCCCUUCCAAGCACCACCUCAAUAGACAAUAAUAAGGAUUGUGACUCUAUUCACCUUUCUAAGAAAUUUACAAAGGAUGCUGCAUAUCUUAGGUUUAAUGGAUCAUUAGUUUUGCUGAAUGUUGCCUGCAGUUCUUGUGACUGGAACAAAGAGAACAAUACUUUAUCUCCUUUGAAAGAAUGCCAAACCUAUAACAUAAUAGCAAAGUUCAACAAGGAUUGUGAAAGAUCGUUUCCUAUUUAUGUUCCCGUUUCUGAUAACAAGCAAUUGAAUAAAACUUACAGUAAUACUACAAUAACUUUAUUUUGGGACACUGAUGAUGGGUGUAAAUUGAAAUAUUCAUAUUGUUGCUUCCAAAAUGAUAAUAAGUCUAGCCCCAUGUGUAAUCAUGUGAAUGAACCAGAGCAUAUAUUUAAAGUGUCACCCAACACAAACUACACAUGCAAUUCAACUAUUCAUGAUACACCAAUAAAUCGUACAGUUAAAUUAACUACGGACUAUGGAAUACCAGACACACCUGAAAACUGUUUAUCAAGCUCAACUGCAGAAAGUAUAACAGUUACUUGGAGUGCACCACAAAACCAGAGAAAUGGCCCUAUUCAUGGUUAUAACAUCAAUAUACGCAAUACAAAAACUGGUGAAAAUCUAGGUACUUUUGAAGAAAAUAAUCACAUGCAAUAUACAAGGACCAGUUUAAAACCUUACACAGAUUAUGAAAUGAGAGUACGGGCAUAUACAAAAACAAAAAAUCACCCACCACUUGAGGGAGAAACCUGCACUGAGUCUAUUAAGACUCAGUCAACAAAACCAAGCCCUUUGAAAAGCCUUGACUUAAGAUUAUCCAAAGAAGGACACAAUAUCGUAGAGGUUGAUUGUACGGGACCAGAUGAAUUAAAUGGACCCGACGAGCAGUAUAUUUUAAAAUGGGAUGGUGAUGAUGAAAAGAAGAGCAGCGAUUGCAGAUUCACAGUGGACAAGCUUUCUUUUUUGAAAACAUACACUUUUACAGUAUUGGUUUCCAAUGGACAUUAUUCUUCAGACCCAAUAUCGAAAGAAAUAAGCACCAUGUAUGAUACUAAAGCCGUCAUUGGAUUCCUGGCCUUCCUGAUUACUGUAACAGUUUUGGCUUUACUUCUUGUCCUGUAUAAAAUAUACAUCCUUAACAGAAAGAACUCAAGAGAUGAAGAAGAAGGAGUAAGGCUUGUAACCAGAGAUGAUGAAAGACACAUGAAGAACAUAGACCCAAUUCCUGCAGAGUUAUUGUGGGAGACUUAUAAGAGAAAAAUAGCAGAUGAAGGAAGGCUUUUUCUGGAUGAAUUUCAGAGCAUUCCCAGAGUCUUCAGUAAAUACCCUAUAAAAGAAGCACGCAAGCCUUUUAACCAGAACAAAAACCGCUACAUCGAUAUCCUGCCCUACGACUACAACCGUGUGGAGCUUGCCUCAAGCCCUGGGGAGCAGGGAUACGACUACAUAAAUGCAAGCUAUAUCGAUGGUUUCAAAGAAAUGAGAAAAUACAUUGCUGCACAAGGUCCCAAGGAAGAGACAAUAGACGAUUUCUGGAGAAUGAUCUGGGAACAAAAAGCAACCAUUGUUGUCAUGGUGACUCGCUGUGAGGAAGGCAGCAAGAUCAAAUGUGCCAAGUAUUGGCCAUCAAUGGAGGAGGAGACUGCAUCUUAUGGGGACAUUAUAGUAAACAUAAAUGAAUGCAAAGUGUGUCCGGAUUACAUAAUUCAGAAGCUACACAUCAACCACAGAAGAGACAAGUCAGCAGGAAGAGAUGUGACCCACAUUCAGUUUACAAGCUGGCCAGAUCAUGGGGUGCCUGAUGACCCCCAUCUCCUGCUCAAGCUGCGCCGCCGAGUCAAUACUUUAAGCAACUUUUUUAGUGGCCCAAUAGUAGUCCAUUGCAGUGCUGGUGUAGGACGCACUGGAACUUAUAUUGGAAUUGAUGCAAUGCUGGAGGCAUUAGAAGCUGAAGGACGAGUUGAUGUAUACGGGUAUAUUGCAAAGUUACGACGUCAGCGAUGCCUCAUGGUUCAAGUGGAGGCACAGUACAUCUUGAUCCACCAUGCUUUGGUUGAAUAUGUCCAGUUUGGCGAAACAGAAGUCUUUGUUUCAGAACUGCCCAACUAUCUCAGCCAGCUAAAGAAAAAGGAUUCUCCCAAUGAUCCAUCUCUGCUAGAAGCUGAAUUUCAGCGACUGCCUUUAUAUAGGAACUGGCAGAAUCAGAAAGCUGGUAGAAAGGAAGAAAACAGACAGAAAAACCGGAGUUGCACAGUAAUUCCAUAUGAUUACAACAGAGUGUUAUUCAAACAUGAAGAAGAAGGGAGCAGAGAGAGUGAACUCGAUGCCGAUUCUUCUGAUGAGGAUAGUGAUUGUGAAGAGGAACCCAAUAAAUACAUCAAUGCUUCCUUUAUACCAAGUUACUGGACUCAAAAUGGAAUUAUAGCAACACAAGGACCACUUCCAGAAACAAUAGGUGACUUCUGGAAUAUGGUUUAUCAAAAGAAAGUCAAAGUUAUUGUUAUGUUGACAGAUAAUCAGGAACUCUGUGCGCAGUAUUGGCACGAAGAAAAAAUGACAUAUGAUAAUAUCACAGUUGAAUUAAAAGAUAGCAACUGUAGUUCCAGUUACACCAUUCGUGCCUUUGAUAUAACUCAUGUAAAGAGGAAAGAUAACAAGAAAGUGUUUCAAUAUCAGUACCAUAAAUGGGAUAGUUCUGCUCUCCCAGAAACCCCCCAAGACUUAACCACCAUGAUCCAGAAUCUCAAACAGAAGUUUUCAACCCAAGAUGCAGCUGAAGCAAAUAUGACCAACAAGAUCAAGAAUGUCCCACUUGUUGUCCACUGUGGCGAUGGUUCUAAGCAAACGGGAGUAUUUUGUGCUUUGCUAAAUCUCUUGGAAUGUGCUGAGACUGAAGGUGUAAUAGAUGUUUUCCAAGUUGUGAAAGCUCUUCGUAGAGCCAGACCAGAAAUGGUCUCCUCCUUUGAAGAUUAUCAGUUUCUAUAUGAUACUAUUGCAAGCCUGUAUCCUGCCCAGAAUGGACAGCUACAAAAUACCCAAUGCCAUGAACAAAUCACUAACAUCCAGAAGGAAGCCAAGAAGGAAGAAGAGAAUAACUCUUUGGAAUCUGAUUUCCAUCUUAUGAGUCAAGAAAAUGGAGAUGAUGCUGAAAUGUGCGAUGAUUUCAAAGGCCAGGAUACAUCUAGGGAAGCAGAGAGUUCUUUUAAUGGACCUACAAAUCUGGUUUUAAGUGACAUGGCUUAGACCUUGAAUCAAUCCUCUCCACGUGCUGCAGGGAAUCUUCCUGCAAAAGAAAAUUGAAACCAGAAUAUUAGAAAUGGGCAUUCCUUUACGUCUUGUAAAACUCAAAGGAUUAUUUUCCUCCAAGGAAUAAUAUUGAAGAAUGAGGAACUAUUGGAUAGAUAGAAGACGACUGUGAAUUUUGUAUGUGUGUUUGUAUGGGAGAUUUGCCAUUUUUAAUCACUGGGUAUAAUCUGUACUUUUAAUAUUUUUAGAAGUACAGGAUUCUUUAUAUAUAUAUAUAUAUAUAUAUAUAUAUAUAUAUAUAUAUAUAUAUAUAUGUAGGUCUUUGGUUGUUCGGGUUUUCUCCCGCGUAAAAUUGGAAGACCUACAUACAAAUACCCGCGAAGAGAGAGAGAGAGAGAGAGAGAUCUCUUCCAUAGCUCCAAAAGAAGUCAACUGUUCUACUGUUUCUUGUUGCUAUUGUUUGUAAGAGGAAAGAAAGUUGUUCAUGCACAUGUUUAGAUACAUAUUUGUCUGUGAAAAAAAUUCAAGUUGGUAUCCAAAAAGAAAGCACAAUUGAUUCUGAAUGUCCGGAGAAAGUAAAAAAAAAAGGGAUGAGGCUUCAAGUAUGAACUUAUAGUCACCAUCUUGACAUAUUUGACCUUCUCUGCAUUUGCCGUAGUAUAUUUUUUCAUAUUAGGCCCAUACCUCUAAAAUGAUUUGGAUGUUAAAACGAAUUUCUGACAUUGCAUGAGAGUUAUUUAUAAAUGUCUUGGAAUGGGGACUAAAACCCUUCAUCUUUGGUCGAAAUCCAUAGAGAUUACAUGCUAAUGAUACAUAGGUCUAAUUAGGUUUGCCCCAUUGGCUCUAACAAUCACAAAGUGAUUCCAGUUUAAAUAUGGAAAAAGAAUGUAGAAUGUUCACUGGAGUCAUCGCAUACUAAAAUGAAAUGAAUAGAUUUCAGUUUUGCAGGUUUACUGGGUAAUAAUGAAUUGAGACAGCUUGGACAAAUGUUCAAAAAACAAGAGAGAUUUAAAAUAAAGUUGAUGGUCUGAGUUAGCAUAAACCUGGUCACAGAAAUUGGGUAAAGGACCUUAAAAAGAUAAAAUGUCUUUGAGUUAAGCUCAGCUACUGAAAAUAUGAUAUCCUUUUUUCAGCAGCAACUUGGAAGUGUUUUUGCCAAAGCACAACGUUCUAGUAAAAGUUUUUGAAUUGCACAUCUAAACUUGGCCUCAAGAUGUCACUGUAUGUACAGAAAUUCAUCUGAAUCACCAACAAAUCUAAAGUUACCAAUGCUGAAAGCUGGAUAAAUUUUAUUCAGCUACUGUUUUUUAGACAUGUUAAUACAGAAGUUCUGUUUUGUACUCUUGUUUCUAUGGCUUGAAUAGAAGUUUUAUUUACAAGAUGCUCUAUUUUAUUCUUUAUAGUUUAUUAUUCCUUUGGAAAGCCUGCACUUUGCAUUAAAUUUUAUAUGGAAAACA